AUGCCGGCUGGAAAUGGAAAUUCUGGCAAUGCGAAUGCAGGCAAUGGAAAUGCGAAUGGCAACGGUCCGAAUAAUCCCACGGAAGAUGCCACUCAAAGCAACGUCACGAUAACCCUGGGCGAGACAGUUUCUGACUUCCCAGAGCAAGAUGAUGAAAAAGAAGAACAAGACGUGGAAAUUGCUGAAAUCAUUCAAUAUUUUCACCUUGACGAAGAUGCUUUGAAGGCCGGACGCGACGCCUGCUUAGCCGUGCAUAAUGCGAAACGUAGUCUUCACCAAGAGACUCCUGAAAUGACGCUCGAGGAAAAUCUAACUGCCGACGCACAACAGUGGGCCGAAAAAAUCGCUGCUGGUCUUGAAACUGGUUAUGAUCCGGAUACAAUCUGCGGAGAAAGCAUCGCGCUCGUCCCUUAUUCAAGUGACUUGACUUUCAUGGUCAAGGGAGACUUCGUCAGCAUCGCAGAAUUAGUAGCGAACGAUUGGUACAACCAGAUCGGCAAUUACGAUUUUGGAACUCACGCAAAGAUUGAUGCUAAUGGAAACAGCGUUUAUUGCUUUACGCAAAUGGUCUGGAAGAACUCGGAGUAUCUUGGUGUUGGAAUCGCCAAGACAGCUGAUGGAACGCAGGUCGUUGUUGUUUGCCGAUACUUUCAAAAAGGCAAUAUCUCGGGAAGACGACCUGAGUUUGUCAAACCGCUGAAAUAA